UACCUACGUAAUGACGUAAUGCGUAUCGCAGAGAGAAAUCGGAUGGGAUGACGUUUUUCUUACGUCUUCGAUGUUAGCAAACAGCCAUCUUCACAGCUGAAAUAAUGAUGUCAAUAACGCCAAAAUGAGCAAGAUAUUAACGGACAUUGGUUUCCUUCCCCUCUCCUCUCUCCGUCUCAUCGUCCCCCCUCUGCAGCUUGUGUCUGCGGCUCUGUGGGAGAUAGUGAAGCAAGGAGCUGUGAUGUACUACGGGCUGCUGGAGGAGUUCGUUUCUACCGUGCUGGAAACGGUCCCUGAACUGCUCACCUACACAGAGAGAGUCCAACUAGUGAUGGGUUUACGUGCAAAGGUGGUGCUAGAGUUGUGUCGCAGCAAUGAUUUUGCCAGCCCACAGGUCGUCCAGCCUCAUCUGAGCAGAAUAAACACCUAUAUCACAAACCAGGAUAAAGAGGUUAAAGCAUCAGUGACAAACUUCCUGAAGCUUGUUCACACUCUAGUGGAGGAUCAGUGCCAGAGGGACAUCUUUUAUCAGAAAAUCUGCCCAACAGUGUUCGGCCCUGAAUAUGACUCAGCCCUACAGGCUCUAAUGAGAAAAUUCCUCUUCAAUCUGCAGAAGCUGCUCCCUGUUCCAAACCUUGAACAAACUUCCCUCUGGCUCAGUCUCUCCCCGUCUAUCUUGAAAGAGUGUGUCGACUUCAUGAAUCAACCUGAGCCUCUGAAUACACUCAUUCAGCAUCACAAACAUCACGGCCACAAACUGCCAACAGCUUUGUCAUCCUCCGGUGAUGAUUGCAUCUUGUCCAGCCUGUCCUAUCACCUACCAAAUGUGGACGAUGACGAAGGAGACGCACUUGGCAGUGAGUCAAAAAAGGUGAAAGAAGAAAACUGUAAGGAGAUAAAUUCAGAAUCGUUGAGGAGCGUAGAAAGAAAGGGACAGCAGCAUGUUGAUGAUGUGACUGAAGACCAAGGAGCCUCUGUUGAGGUGAUACUCCUACCUUUUGAUGAAAGUGGAUCUAAUGAUGUUGACGACACGGACAAAAAAUCUUUCCACCAUUUGAAAACUGGCAGUAGGACGAACUCAAAAACCUUCAAGUGUCUUCUUUGUGGCCAAGAUUUUGGUUCCCCUAGCAAACUAAAGAAACACAAGAUUACCCACAGUACAAACACAAUGAGUCAGUCCAACUCUGCAAGCCAAAGUAGCUUUUUUGAGAGGAUAAAUUUACACCCUAAACCAAAGACUUGUGUAGAGAAUCACACAUCUAGAAGUGAAAAUGAGCUUUCAUCAUUGGCAAGUGCCACGACACAUAGCCCACCAAACGUUGAGCAGUCUAAUGACGACUCUAGUCUGGUUUGUCAAGUCUGUGGCAAGGUUUUCACUUACCCAAAGAACUUUGACAAACACCAGAGGACUUGUGUGGUCAGACAACGACAAGCCGAGACGGACCCACGGUGUUCCACAAGCUUAUCUCAUCUCUCCACACCAAACCCUGUUAAUAAGUCCAAAGAGUCUUUCCUUAGUGAAACUGAAACUGAAACCGUUGUACCCCAGGAAUCAAUAUCUUCUGACUCACCGCAAGAGCAAACGUGUAAAAGAAGCAGUCGCGUCAAACAAUGCUCCAUAUGUGGGGAAAUAUUUUCUUGUUCCGCUGACUUGACGAGGCACACGAGAUGCCACACCGAACAGAGUCCUCACCUCUGUUCUUAUUGUGGGAAAGACUUCGACAGCUACGAAGACUGCGAGACGCACCAGGAAGGUAAAUGCAGAGUUUCAAACCAACAUUCGCAGGACAAUUCCUCGAGUAAAAGGAAUCAGCAGAGUACUGUUGUUUCAAGUGCUAUAACUCGGAUCCCAACAAUCCCAGACGCAUCCGCCAACUCGCAGGCGAAUUUGCCUCUGACAUGUCAGGAGUGUGGCCAGGGUUUUAAAUACUACAAGAGUUUUGAGAAGCACCAGAGCAAAUGUUCCAAAACGGCUCCUCGAAGGAAAAAGCGAACAAACGCAAACCACUUCGUUAUCAAUGCUUGCAAUUUCCGAUCAUCCGACAACACCAACCCUAACGCGAGUUCUGAAACGAAGGAAAGUGAAACCGACCACGCAGAUGGUUCCCAGACUAAACCUCGCAGCAUCAAGUGUACCAUGUGUGAGAAGAACUUUUCAGAUCUUGUCCUCAUGAGAAGACAUUAUUUCAAGUCGCAUAAAGUCAGAGGCUCGUACCCGUGUCCUUUGUGUAAGAGGACAUUUGUGAGGUUGUGCGAACUGGUUCGACACCAGAAAAACAAAAGGUUGUACCAGUGCGCCGCCUGCAAGAAAUGCUACACAAAGCCAAGACUACUAAAUGAUCAUGAAAAAGUACACAGCGCAAGUGUGACCCCGCGCAUCUGUGAAACGUGCGGGAAAAGCUUCACAUCUCUCGCUUAUCUGAUUCUGCACCAGAGCAAGCACAGAGAACGGCAACCCAGCGUUUGUUCCUACUGCGGGAAACAGUUCAGCACUAAAGACUGCCUGAGAGCGCACAUGGUGAGGCACACGGGCGGUUACCCGUGCCCCGUCUGCGGGAAGAAGUUCUAUCAAAAAACAUACCUUAAGUGGCAUCUGUAUAAACACACGGGGCAAGAGCCGUACCUCUGCGACACGUGCGGGAAAGGCUGGCCGAGCGCCGCCCAGCUCAAGCUUCACAUGGUUCAGCACACGGAGGACCGGCCGUUCAAGUGCGAGGACUGCGGCGCGUGUUACAAGAGGGGAUCCCAUUUGGUGGCUCACCGGAGAGCCAAACACAUCAGGCUGCGUCCAUUCGCGUGCGAGGUUUGCAGCAAAGCCUUCCGAUUAAACAACGAGCUGAAGAAACACAUGAUGGUUCACACGGGGGAGCGGCCGUUCACGUGCCCAAGGUGUGACAAGACGUUCACGAGGAAAUCUCGCCUUAGGGAACACAGAGAAAAGGCGUGUCUGUAACUUGAUGCUGUUUGUGGACUUGGACUGUAUUAACACGGCUCAUGAUUCAUAUGCCAUACUACACUACAUAUGCCAUUCUACCGGCUGCCAUGUUCUUCUGUCUAUCCGUCUCCAUCUCCAUUUCUUCGAAGCAUUUGGGUCAGCUGUACAUAGGGUACAUACAUUUUAUAAUACAGCUACAAAUGAAUAAACUACAUUUAGUCUGAUAUAGCAAAUGAUUUUUCAUUCACAGAGAAUAAAAUUGAGUCUUUUGUAAAAUGUGCUGAUGUCUACAAAGCCUUUGCAUACACAGCGCUGGAGCUGAAACGAUUUGUCAACAGAAAAUGAACAGGCAACUGUUUUGGUAAUUGGUAAUUAAAGUCAUUUCUAAGGCAAAAAUGCAUCGUGUGGGACAAACAGCUGCUCUUUAUUGUUUUUUUAUCAUUGUAAAUUGAAUAUCUUUGGACUGUUGGUCAGACAAAGCAAACACUCCGAAGACGUCACCUUGGGCUCUGGAAAAAUAGUGAGAAACAUUUUUCAUUAUUUUCUGGUGUUUAUAGAUCAAACGAUCAACCGUUUAGUUGAUCAUCAAAUUAUUUGAUAAAGGAAAUAAUCAUUUGUUGCAGCCCCACAUGGGAGUAACAGUGCUGCCAAUAAUAUGAUUGAAGAAAUUCAACUUUUUGAAAUAGGUUCUAAGCACGACAAAGUUAAUUUAAGUUAAAAGUGAAAUGUUUUUCCAUUGAAAUUUCAGGCUGCAUAUGAACUUUGCGGAUGCCCGAAGCAGCUAUAAGCUAAAUCAAAGCCACAUAUAAUUUAUUUAAGUAAACCGCAAUGUAAAAAAUAUUCCAUUACAUUUGAAAAGUUCUUCAUUUUAAUGUUCACAGAAGUGCAGAAGUCUCCCAGCACUCCAAUGGCCCCAUUAAGAGUGCUGUAUUAUUACAUUUUUAUUUUCAUUAUCGUAAUUUUAUUGCACAGCAUUACUGAUGCAUUCACAUAUAAUCUGUUGGACAAAAUCAUGAAAUACUGACGAUUGGAAACAUGCCAUAAAAUGCCAGAAAACUGUGAAAAAUGGCCAUGAAAAUGUCCCCCAGCGCUCGAGAUAACAUCUUGACAUUACUUGUGUUAUGUUUUUAAUUUACAAUGAUAUAAAUGUCAUUUUUGCUUGAUAAAUGACUUAGGUGAUUAAUCAAUUACUAAAAAUUACAAAAAACAAUCAAUUAUCUGAUAAAUCGUUUCAUCACUAGUGAAUAUGUACAGAUUGAACUUACUGUUGCAGAGGAAGCAUUGCUCCACCAGAGAGCAGUGGAGCUCCAGGGACUGCCUCACUUUCACCAGCCAGACUGUAUCUUAUGUGCAGUAUCUAUAAAUUGAUUAAUUCUUCUAAACAGUUCUUUCACAGGCUACAUCCCAUGACACGCAACACAUUUUCUAUGAAAAACAUGUCCAGCUGUCAAAAUGAAAAUGACUUUUGGACUACAGCACAUUUUGAUUUUCACAUGAGUGUAAUCUUCUGUAAGUUUGAGAGGAUAAAGAUGCGACAAACGCUAAAUCUUUCAUUAGAUCUGUUGACCUUUUGUUGUCCCUUUCAUUUGUUCUAUGCUGAGCUCUGUCUCUGCAGAGGAACCCACACUUUGGGAUUUUCCAUUUUGUCUGUUUUUCUACUUCGCCUGCUAAUUAAGAAACAGUGUGAUAGAGGGUGACAGACAGAAGCUCUUUUAGGGUGGAGGAAAAUUAACAUCUCUGUAAUAACACACAGUACGGAUGCAAGGACGUUUGUGUUAGUCCUGUUUAAUGAAAUAAAAUGCAAUAAGGAAAAAGG